AUGACUGCAGAGAAAAAUAAACAACCACACAAGGCAGGAUCGGGCGCAAACAGAAAGGGAAAUAGAAAAGCAGAUGAAGGGAAGAGUCCAUCUGGUAUGAAAUGCGACCGUCAUAUUAAGGCUCCAUCGGGAGCGGCAACCUAUCUUUUGGAUUGGGAACGACGAGAUAGUGAAGACUCGACAUGGAAAUUCAAUAAAAACACUCAGUCGUGGCUUAUUAGGCACAUGUAUGAAGUUGACAAGGUAUCAAAAUCAUCCUUCGCCAUACUACUGAAGUACUUAGAGGGUCUUAAUGGAGAUUCUGCAAGGUCCCGAAUCAGAUCUGAAGCUUCCCGACGAGCACUUCGAUAUCGGAAACACCAAGAGAAAGGGAGCGAAGGAACGACGAAGGAGAAACCUAUGCGUGUAAGCAUGAGUGGAGAAACCCCAUCGACAGAAGCUAUGGUGUCUGGUUCCGAGACUGUUGAAGUUGAGAUGGACGAGGAAGAGCGGUGGCAGCAACUCUCAGAGCAUGACAAGCGGAAAGAAUACAAGAGAGCUCGAAAAGUACUCGAGACGGUUGUUGUCAAGUAA